AUGAUUCGGUUCGACAACAUGCCGCCGGAAGUAAUGCAGGCGAUGUGCACGCCGAUGCACGAGAUUCUGCCCCGCGCUGCGCUCCCCACCGCCUCCUCAUCAUCUCACCCGUCUUCUGCUUCGCCAUACGCGCCAUACUCUCACUCCCAACAGCAACAACCUCCCAUGUCCGGAGCUCUUUAUCUGGGUGGCUUGACUGCCAUGAAUGACCCUUCACUCCUUCGCCAACAUAACAUCCGCCACUUUGUUCAGGUUAUCGAGGCCGCCUGGGCCCCGCCAUGCCGCGCAGACGACACGUCUUAUGGAAUAGACAUCAGAGACAAAGAAAAUGUUGAUUUGCGUCCCUAUCUUGAAGGCGCGUGUCAGUACAUCGAGCGCAGUCUCCGGACCGGCAGUAGCGUCUUGAUCCACUGCCAGCAGGGUAUAUCGCGGAGUAGUGCCAUCGUCAUCGCGUUUCUCAUACGAAACCAUGGGAUGACCUACGAUUCUGCAUUGGCCUACGUCAAGCGCAAGCGGGCCUGUGUGAAGCCCAAUCCGGGCUUUGCGAGGGCGUUAAUGGAGUGGGAAGCUGCUUGGAGAUCCUCCAACAGGCCGGGGAUGCAACGCAGGUUCACAUCGUGA